GCAUGGCGGACCAUGUGUCCACAUCGACAGCUGAAUUGCUAAAGAAGUUUUCGAAAGUUGUUUUAUCCCCCAGCACGAAAGAGCGUUCGGAAGUUCUUGACAGCGUAGCAAAAUGUGUCACGGAAACAGAUUUGCCAGAGCAAGCUUUGAAAGGAAUUUUCAAGUUCCUACAACCAACAAUCACUGUGUACAGGGAUGCAAAGUCCCUGAGGUCGGCACAGAAUUUAGUGGUAGCUGCAAUCAAAAAGGAACCAGCCAUUUCUCUGAAGCUGGUCACGUCUAUUCUGGCUAGUUGUGCUGAUGCACAGAAGAAACUAGUUCAUGCUAGUAAGAGUUCAGCAGGGGAUUCCCUGGUUGCCCUUUCCUGGUCCUGUGCAGCACUGCAUCUUACCUUUCAGAAGGACACCGCUGAACCUGCUCUGCUUAAACUGAUUGAGUGCCAGGUGGGUUUGGUGUAUGGAGCCCUGGCAGGGGAUAAUACCAGCAUCUCUAAUGGCACAUACAGAAAGAUGCGUAACCUUUGGAAAAUGAAUAAAGACGUGAUGGCAAAAUACAGCGAACUUCUCCAGAGAACCGAAGCAAGUUUUCAUGCAGUCUGCAUCAUGGCCUUGUAUGCAAGAUUUGUUUUCAAGGAAAAACAUGAGAAACAACUUGAUGCUAUAAAGGAGAGCUUUAUUGAACUCUACAUGAAACAAGUGCUAGGAAGCCGAACACGACCUCCUAUGGUGGUGUUGAAAUGUGGCAGAGACAUUCUACGCCAUUGCUCACAUGACACCUUUAAAAGCAUGAUCCUACCAUUCACCCAGAAGGCCCUGCUGAGAAACCCAGAAAUCAUACUGGAAGCGUUUGGAUACAUGUUGUCCAGCCUACAGCUCGACCUCAGUCAGUAUGCAGAGACCAUUAUAAAACCGCUUGGUGCUCAACUGACGUCCAAGGAGCCGUCGACCCGAGAUGAAGCUUGUAAAUGUAUUCAGAACCUAGCAACCCAGUGUAGUGAUCAUGAGAUUGUCACCAAGGUUACCAAGCACCUGUUUGGAGUUUUCAAUGGCUCAGAAGGAAAGCUAACACUUCAAGAACAAAAGAUGAGUGUGGUUCAGGCCGUAGGAAAUAUGAGCUGUAACUCUGUAUCAGGGCCUACAACUCUGCAGGACCUUAGUGCCACAGUUACAGAACUUUUCAUCCCUCUUCUUUCAACAGAAGUCCACGAGGCCACCCUGAUCCAUGCCCUGUCCAUCAUGUCUCUGUGGUGUGCCAAGUUCUACACCAAGGUCCCAGACAAACUGAUGCAGUGGUUCCAGAAAGGGUAUACACUGAAGUCGUCCACAUCGCCAGUAAGGAAUGCCUACAUCCAGUGUAUGAACGCCUCAUUCCAUGGUGACACCAUGCUACAGGGCCUAGAGAUGGUUCCCAUUCUGAUACAGUCCAUGGAGAAGGCUGGAAGCCAGUCGACCCAGGUUGCCCUGGUAACGGAGGCUGUGUCAGCUGCUAACAUUCUAGUCAAACUGUGUCUUGUGGACAUCAAUGAAGAGAGCAAGUUUGCGCCAUUCUGGUCACUGGUGUUGGACAGCGACAAGCAAGUCCUAGUGAACGAGAAAUAUCUCUCCUCUGUAUCAGAGACAGCACUGGAGGGCGUAGUGACCUUGUCAGAGAAACUGAUUCUGGAAUUCCCGACUAAGAUCAUAGACAAAGUGGCCAAGCCGUUCUACCGAGCAUUAGCCUACUGUCUCACACGGAAGGCCUACACGAUCAGGAAGUUUACGAGGAAAUCUAUCUCCCGGCUUCUCUCCACCCUGGGGGGAACCAGUAUUUCACUGGAGCUCAUUGAAGUGUUUAAUGAGCUUCUAGCCACACAGAAGGUGGUUGAUGUAGAGGCCCUUAACUUUGAAGAAGGUGAUCGGGAUACAAUCCUGGAACAAAUGAAAUACAUAUCACCACGGAUACUCAGUUCUGCCCUUGUUGCCAUGGCGGCAGUUAAGAAACCAGAGGUGAAGGAUGCUGUCUCUAUCGCCAAGGCAACGCUGAUACCCGCUCACCACCCUUGUGUUUUGCUAGACAGUGGUGACACUUGGACAGACUCCAUCAUGUUUGCACUUAGCCAGGAUGCCCGCAACUUCAUCCAGAACAACAAGCAGUUCUGCCUUGAUUUACUGGAGGGGAAACUCACUGAGAGCAAGAUCAAUGCUAUCAAAACUUUGGCAAGGAUAGCCCCAGAUGAGGUGUUGCCAAGCUACGUUGCCUUUGUUGAACGGUUGCUAGGCAAUGAUGACCUCGUUAUGAUAACCAAGGAUGAGUACGGAGCUUAUAGGUGCCAUGAGGGAGAAUUGUAUGAUGAACAACUCGCUUCCAGCCUGAACCUGAAGCUGGCGGAGGACCACAACAUACGUCGGGAGAACAAGCUGUACUCGUACAAGGAACAGAUGGAGGAACUCGAGCUAAGAAUGGAGCUGGCCAGAAAAAAAGGAAAACCCGUGGUCGAGAAGCCCAAAUUGUCCAAGAAACAGGAGGAAGUGUUGCAGGCCCAACUCAAGAAGGAGUCCGCCAUCAGAGCCAGGCUUACUCUGCUAAACCACGACCUGUGUAAGGGCUGUGACGUGGUGCGAGCGCUCGUGUCAGGUAACGCCGCGUCAACUGGGCUGUACAUGAGGGAACUGUGUCGUGUACUUGUCCCUCUACUGCAAUCACCCCUCGCAGCGGGAAAUGCUGCUGACGUCAUGGCAGUGCUUGGCGCAUCGGCGUUUGAAGAUGAAAAUCUGGGUAAUCUGCUAAGUAACUGCACCAUACGACUCUUGAAACCUGAAUGCGGCUUCCAUAACCAGUGGUGUGAUGAACAGCUACAGAAACAGGCCACUCGUGUAGUGAACAUCCUGUUCGCCGAGUCGGUCCCCGAACAUGAAGAUGAAUACUACGAAUCUAACAAAGAUGAGAGAAAAGAGAUGUACCCGGCUCCGUGUUUCGCGUUUAUGUUUUACCUGCUCAGUAGUGUGUUGACGGCUAACGGUGUCGCAGUUGGCCGGGAUGAAGCGGUGAUGGGAAAGGCGUUGAAACUGAUAUCGACACAUGCAAAGAUGAGGAAUGAUUCAAAGGAUCAGACAAAGAAACCAGACUUAUUCCCCAUCAAGGAACUCCUACAUCUGCUGAUACGCGUGAUUGGAGUGUCAAGUAUGAAGAUCCAACAGCGAGCUAAUGUAGCUCUUGUUGAGGUAGCCACGUGUGUUAGCGGGAAGCCCGGGUGUGCACAUGUGAAAGAAGAUGAAAUAAGGGUGAUCUUGGAGUCACUCAAGUCCACUUGUACGACAUCUAGAGAGUCAGCUUUGCAGGCGUUGAAGUGUUUGGUAUCUGUCCUGCCCAAUAUUGAUGACAACUUUGAGCUAGGACUGUCCAUAGCCCAGAGGGUCUGGGUAGCAUGUUAUGAUGUGGACGAAAAUGUCCGGGCACUUGCACAGAGUUUGCGUGAGGACCUUGGGCUGGACGAACCAUACGAUGAGAUGUGUUCCCCGCUGGUGGACGACAUCACACACCCAGAGGAGAUCAUACGACGUGCCGCUGCUGAGUGUCUCGCCAAAGCCCUGACGUGUCAUAAGGAAAACAUUGACGCCACCAUUCAACUGUUGCUGAUGAAUUACGAGAAGAAAUUGGAGAUGCCUCCACCAAUACUUGAUGAGUUCGGCCGAGUGGUUUCUGAACAGAUGCAAGACGAGUGGCAGCCCAGAACAGGGGUUGCCAUGGCACUGGGGCAUCUGGCCCCUAUAUUGCCCCCUGACCAGCUCUUGUCCCUGUUUAACUUCUACGUACCCAAGGGGCUUGGGGAUCGAAGCUCUGAAGUGAGGUCCCAAAUGAGGCAGGCGGCCCUGGCUGCCAUUAAUGUACAUGGCAAGGACAAUGUGUCAGAACUGCUCCCAGUAUUUGAAGAAUUCUUAACCAACUCCCCGGGCACAGCGAGUUACGACGCAGUCCGACAGAGCAUCGUGAUUCUCAUGGGCUCGCUGGCAAAACAUUUGGACAAGGAUAACCCGAAAGUGAAACCCAUUGUCGGGCAGCUGAUAUCUGCGCUGUCAACACCUUCACAGGAUGUUCAGGAGUCAGUUGCCAACUGCCUGCCCCCUCUUGUACCAGCUGUGAAGUCUGACGCACCGGAACUAGUGCACAAACUGAUGGACCUCCUUCUCCAGUCUGAUAACUAUGGAGAGAGGAAAGGGGCUGCUUACGGUCUCGCUGGGCUAGUAAGGGGCCUUGGGAUCACAGCUCUUAAACAGUUGGACAUUAUGACAACAUUGGAAGAAGCUGUUAAGGACAAGAAGAACCCUAGAAGAAGGGAAGGAGCCCUGUUUGCGUACGAGAUGAUGUGCUCCAUGCUGGGUAAGCUGUUCGAGCCGUACGUGGUCCACAUUCUACCCCACCUUCUGCUCUGCUUUGGAGACAACAGCCAGUAUGUCAGAGAGGCUGCAGAUGAGACGUCAAAGGCAGUGAUGAAGAUGUUGACAGCCCAUGGUGUGAAACUGGUUCUACCAUCACUUCUCAAGGGUCUGGAGGAGGACUCGUGGAGAACUAAAGCUGGUGCGGUAGAGCUACUAGGCUCCAUGGCAUACUGCGCCCCGAAGCAGCUGUCCGCUUGUCUGCCCAGCAUUGUGCCCAAGAUCUCUGAGGUGCUGACCGACUCUCAUGUACGAGUACAGAAGGCCGGCUCACAGGCUCUCCGGCAGAUUGGGAAUGUUAUAAGGAAUCCUGAGAUUCAGGCAAUUGUGCCAGUUCUUAUGGACGCCCUACAAGACCCAGCACGGAAGACUAGCAUGUGUCUGCAGACUCUGCUCGAGACCAAGUUUGUCCACUUUAUCGACGCACCAUCUCUUGCGCUCAUUAUGCCUGUUGUGGAGCGCGCGUUCCAGGAUCGAGCCACGGAGACUAGGAAGAUGUCUGCCCAAAUCAUCGGGAAUAUGUACUCACUUACCGAUCAAAAGGAUUUAGACCCCUACAUAGAAAAGGUCAUCCCUGGUCUCAAACAGUCACUGCUUGACCCUGUCCCCGAGGUGCGUAGUGUGUCAGCACGCGCCCUUGGAGCCAUGGUGAAGGGCAUGGGUGGAGCUCGCUUUGACGAGCUCAUGAACUGGCUUAUGGAGACCCUGAAAUCAGAGGGAAGUUCGGUUGAUAGGUCCGGGGCCGCUCAAGGUUUGGCUGAGGUUGUUGGUGGAAUGGGCUUGGCAGACCUUCACAAGUUGAUGCCAAUCAUCAUCAGCACUGGAAAGCGUAUGGACAUCCCGCCACACGUGCGCGACGGCUACAUCAUGAUGUACAUCUAUCUGCCCUCUGUCUUCAAGGAGGACUUCAAGCAGUAUAUUGGGCCCAUCAUCCCCUCCAUCUUACAGGCAUUAGCAGAUGAAUGUGAGUAUGUCCGAGAAACAGCGUUGCGGGCAGGUCAGCGUAUCAUCAACAUGUACGCCAAUACUGCCAUUUCACUUCUGCUUCCCGAGCUGGAGAUGGGAUUGUUCGAUGACAACUGGCGGAUCCGAUACUCCUCCAUACAGUUACUGGGAGACCUCCUAUACAGUAUUUCAGGUGUGUCCGGUAAAAUGUCAACUGAGAGUGCCGGGGAAGAUGACAACUUUGGAACCGAGUCAUCCCAGACCCUUAUUCUCAAGGUGUUGGGUGUAGAACGACGUAACCGCGUCCUGUCUGGGCUCUACAUGGGUCGGUGUGACUCUGCCCUUCUUGUGCGCCAGGCCGCGCUGCAUGUGUGGAAGGUUGUUGUACCUAACACGCCCAGGACGCUGCGGGAGAUUCUGUCCACACUGUUCUCUCAGCUGCUCGGAUGCUUGGCUAGCACUAGUCAUGAUAAACGACAGGUUGCAGCUCGCACACUAGGUGACCUGGUACGCAAACUUGGAGAGCGUGUGUUACCCGAGAUCAUCCCAAUAUUGGAGAGUGGCCUACAGUCAGAACAGAGUGAGCAGCGACAGGGUGUGUGUAUCGGGCUACGGGAAAUCAUGAACUCAACACAGCGAGAACAUAUCAUGUUCUAUGCUGACAGCCUGAUUCCUACUGUGAAGCAGGCCCUUUGCGACCCCUUACCAGAGGUCAGGGAGGCCGCAGCCAGCACUUUUGACCGUCUCCAUACCAACAUAGGUUCACGGGCGCUUGACGACAUUCUACCCGAUCUGCUCAGCAAGCUUGGGGAUGGCACAGAGUUGUCAGAGCAGGCGCUUGAUGGUCUAACACAGGUCAUGAUUGUAAAGAGUCGAGUGGUGCUGCCCUAUCUGGUGCCUCAGCUUACACACAAGCCGGUGAACACAAGGGCCCUAUCAUAUCUAGCGUCGGUGUCGGGCGAGGCCCUGACCAAACAUCUGCCUAAGAUCUUGCCUGCUCUCAUGUCUGCUCUGAGUGAGAAGGCGGGAACUCCCGAAGAAGCCCAGGAACUUGAGUACUGCAGAAAUGUGGUUCUCUCUGUGGAGGACGAAGUUGGUGUGCGAACAAUCAUGGAGGAACUUCUUGGGGCUGCAAAAUCAACCGAGCCAGACCGAUGUCGCUCCUCAGUAACGAUCCUUCACUCGUUCUGCGAGAAUACGCGAGUCUCGUACGAGGAGUUUCUGCCCCAGCUGUUCCGAGGUCUUAUUGAGCUGUUUGUGAGGAAGGACCAAGAAGUACUGCUGGCAGCAUGGGAAUGUCUUAAUGCUAUUACUAAGAAACUGAACCCCCAGGACAUGUUGGAGCACAUCCACAACGUCCGCCAGGCCAUCAAGUUUGCCAGCUCGGACAUGCAGGGGGAGGAGCUACCAGGCUUCAGUAUUCCCAAGAAGGGUAUAACCCCAGUAUUGCCCAUCUUCCGUGAGGGUAUCCUGACCGGCUCACAAGACAUCAAGGAGCUGUCCGCCAUUGCCCUGGGUGAGCUGAUCAAGAAAACUAGUGCGGAGGCCCUGAAACCCUCCGUUGUCCAGGUGACAGGCCCUCUCAUUAGGAUCCUUGGUGACAGGUUUGCCCCAAGUGUGAAGACGGCCGUGCUGGAGACAUUGACACUCUUAUUGUCAAAGGUCGGCGUUAUGUUGAAACCGUUCCUGCCCCAGCUGCAGACAACCUUUAUGAAAGCAUUAAAUGACCCCAACAGGUCUGUGAGGCUAAAGGCUGCGUCUGCCCUUGGGAAAUUGAUCGUGAUUCACACAAGAGUUGAUCCCUUGUUUACCGAGCUACAUUCGGGGAUAAAGAAUGCCGAGGAGACGAGUGUCAGGGACACAAUGCUGCAAGCUUUAAGGUUCUGUCUGGCAGGAGCGGGUGCCAAAAUGUCACCUGCUAACAGGAAGCUGAUUGUCUCCUCCCUAGUCGAACUGCUAGGAAGCCCGGAGGAUUCUACAAGGAUGGUAGCUAGCGGGUGUGUAGGCGUGCUCUGUGGGUGUCUGCCAGAGGAGGAGCUGACAGCUUUACUUAUACAGGAAUUGUUUGACACAGGUUCUUCGGUAGACUGGACUCUUCGUCACGGCCGAGGUACAGCUCUGGGUGUGGCCCUGCAGACUGUGGCAGACAAACUCUGGAGUGCGCAGUAUACCAGCAGUGUUAGAAAAGCUGUAACCUCACUCACAGAGGCUGAUAGGAUUCCCCUGUGCAUGAGUGGGUACCAAUGUCUGGGCUAUAUCAUAGAUCAUCUGGUGGCUACUGGAACGGUGGACCUAGAACUUGUACAGGCAUUCACAAAAGGACUGAGACACGACUCCAACGAUGUGAAACAGCUGAUUGGUCAGAUAGUCUGUUAUAUUACGAGCAAGUUAUCCACACCCCUGGAUGCAACUGUGUGCAAAGUCCUCGUUUCGCCUCUCGUUAUGGGUACAAAGGAGAAAAAUACUGUGGUGAAGACAAAUUCAGAACUGGCGUUGAUUUCAUUGCUGCAACUGAGGAAGAACGAUUCAUAUUUUAAAAGUGUGCUGCGUACCCUCGACUCUGGCAUGCAGGAUGUCUUAGCAGAAGUAUACAGUAAGUCACUAAAGAAGAUGGCCACCCAGCACGAGCCACCAGCCGAUCGAAUAGACGAUACAGUACUCAUAUAACACAAAGCCUAGCUCUACUGGCUGAGUAGAGCAUGUUUAACCAUGAUGGGACUCAUUGGUUUGUGUGUGAAUAUUUAAUGAAAAUGGGGAGGUGUGUAAUUAGAAAGAAGUGCUGAGGAGAAUGCCAGGAUGUAAUGGUGUUGUUUUGAGACAAAAAGGUGUUUUUGUUUAUAAAUGGUUUUAUUUGCUCCUUAGAGAAGAGAAUAAUUUAUGAAAUAUGACUUUCUUAAUAUAACAAUAUACUCUAUUUAAUUUAAGUGUAAUGACUAGUUUGAAGUGAAAGUUUGUUAUGGAUAUUGAAAAAAGUAAAGAUGUGAGUCUGCUAUUUUGUUAAUUAAACUAAAUGUUUUCUUGUUAGUUAAUCUUUCAUGACCUAUUAAAAAGUAAUUUUCUUCAGUUAUCAUGGAUUCAUUGAGUGUUUAAGUAUUAAAUUGUUCUUCAUUAUUGAAACACAAGUGUGAGAAUCUUUUAGACAUCAUAUUAUACAGAUAUUAUUGAAUUCUCUUUAAAUUUGCAAGCUUGAAGAAAAAAAAUCAUGAAAAUUUAUAGAUUUGAGUCUUGGAAAAUUAUUGCUAAGUCUUAAAACUGUUUUGCUCUGAGAAAACAACCAUUACAGUAAUGCGAAAUCUCACCAUAUUCAUCACAAUCAUUCUCAUUCAUCAGAGGUUGGAUAAUGAUAAUUCUCUCUCUGGUGUACGAGAAUGAUUACAUACGACAUGUUUGAGCAAUUUCUAGAAUAAUUCAUUUAUGGUAAACAUUGCAGACAUGGUUGCAUCUGAAUACCACACUUAUGUGAUUUCUUCUUUUUGUGUGAAACACUUGACUUUUUUAAUUGAAGUAUCUUUCAGAGUAUGAAAUGACAUGACGCUCAAUAGCCCUGAUAUAAAUAUUCAUGACUGUUAAAUCAAGGGAAAGAUUAACAAGUCACAUGCAAACCCUGGACAAAAAAAUGCACAUGGAGUUUGGAUUCAGUAUAUUCUUUUGUUAAUUAAACAAAGUAGGUAAAUAUCGAGGGCGGUCUUAAUCCGAUAUAGCAUCAUGUUAAUUAGUGAACUUCUGUAUAUGCAAGUGUAUACAUGUACUUGUUUUAAACAAUGGGCUUUGUUACGUGAGCAUGUUUCUAGUUUCGAAGUGAAUAUCUGGAAAGUUGAGGGAACCUGAAUAAAGUUUUACACUGGA